AUAUAUAUAUGCACAUCAAUGGUGCCACCAAAGCUUUGCAUAUGGCCGCAUAGCUUCCUUCAUGUUCCUUAGCCUCUUUCUCUCCCUCUCUCUCAUAAAAAACCAACCUUUUUCUGGUCUCUUGCUUGUCCUUUUGGCUCUCUCUCUCUCUAACCACUGUUUCAUUUUUAAGUGCUCAUCUUCUUCUCCUUCACAUCUUUGUUUCAAGUGUGAAGUUUUGGUAGAAUGAGAAUGGAGGGAAUCCACUACUUGUCUUCUUUUCUUUACUCUUUGGCUAAUGAGGUUUUUGUAAAAGGUGCCACCUUUCGGAGUAUUCGAAGCUUUUUCCAGCCAUUUUUGUUCUAAAUCUAGAGCCUUUCGGUGGGUUGCGAAUAAAGAAAGGGAUUUUAGAUCGAUUGAAACAGUAAAGCUUGGAUUUUGGGGACAUUGGCUGUUGAUAUCAAGGUUCUUGUUCCUGUGUGUUCUGUUGAAUUUGUUGCUUUUCUAAAUGGAAAAUGAUGCAUCUUGGGAGUCCUUUCCUGUUAAUUAUUUUGAUGUUGGUCUUGUUGAAAAUGAACUACUUUCUAAGGACAUCAAUGGAGGCAAAUGUGACAUGAUGGUCUCUUUGGACGCUGUACUACCAGAUGAUGUACUGGAAAAAAUCCUCUCACUCCUGCCCAUAGCAAGCAUAUUGAGAGCUAGGUCAGUUUGCAAAAGAUGGCAUUCAGUUGUUCACUCAAGAAGCUACUCAUGGAUGAACAGAUUGCCCCAAAAGCCUUGGUACUUCAUGUUCACCAGAGCUAAUUCUCCAACAGGAUAUGCCUUUGACCCAAAUCUUAGGAAGUGGUACAACUUUGAUCUUCCCUGCAUUGAGAGGAGCAACUGGCUCAUCUCUUCUUCUCAUGGAUUGGUUUGUUUCAUGGACAAUGAUAAUAGGAGUCGCAUUUUUGUUUGCAAUCCAAUCACAAGGUAUUGGACCAGGAUCCCAGAACCACCAGGUGUUUAUCUUCCUGAUUAUAGUGCGCUUGCAAUGUCUGUUGAUCAAUGUGCUCGCAGUUAUACCAUUGUUGUCGCCAAGUCGAAGCUAUUGCCUAGUGAUCUUCUUCAAUCAGAGCUAUCAAUUCAUAUCUAUGAGUCUGAGACUGGUUUAUGGGUCACUCCUUUCAUGGAGAUUUUGGUUGGAUGGAGAGGAGGUGAUGAGGGUGUGAUUUGCAAUGGAGUUUUCUACUGUCUGAUUCAUCGAACCGGUGUUCUUGGAAAUGCUGACAUUCGCCAUGGCUUGCUAAUGUAUGAUUUGUCUGCUCGGUCAUCGAACACUUCUAUAAUGCGAAUGUCAAUCCCUGUUCCAUUGCAGAUAACUUGUGGAAGAUUGAUGAACCUUAAGGACAAGCUUGUUUUAGUUGGUGGCAUUGCUAAACAUGAUAGACCAGAUAUCAUCAAAGGAAUAUGCAUUUGGGAGCUUCAUCGGAACGAAUGGCGGGAAAUUGCUCGCAUGCCUCAUAGGCUUUUUCAAGGAUUCGGUGAGUUUGAUGAAGUGUUUGCAAGCAGCGGUGCUGAUGAUCUUGUGUUCAUUCAGAGCUUUGGAGGCACAGCUCUUCUUACUUUUGACAUGAAACAGAGAUCUUGGAAAUGGUCUGUCAAGUGUCCUGUGACCAAGAGAUUUCCUCUCCAGCUCUUCACUGGCUUUUGCUUUGAGCCUAGGCUUGAAGCUGCUCACUGAUCUUUGUUUGAAAUUUCUCUUCUUUAUUUUACUUCAAAUCAUAUAGAGAAAAAUUAUAUACUGUUUCUGCUGA